AUGACUUCCAACUCGGAAGGCCACUGCAGCUUCCCACUUUUAAGAGCUCAACCGCUUACCCCUUCAGUCUACCUGCCUUCUCUCGUAGAGAACAUUGUCGUAGAAUCUUCUUCGCCAUCUACCACACCGAGAAGCAAUGAUAAUGUGCCGCAACGUCAUAGUAGAUCUCAUCGAGGCCAUUGGCAUUCCAUACGCAUUUGCCGACGUCUUAAGCGUCUGAUCUCAAAGCAAAAUACCUCUACCGACAUCACAACCUUUACUACAUCUACUGAACCACGCGUCUGCAAUGAACCUUCCACGCCUUCAGAAGAUAUUACUAGACGUUGUUGCGUCCCCCUUCAACUCUCCUUCCUCCGCAGUUUUUGUUCAUCACUCUCCAAGUCAUUGGGUCGCCUCACGGGAAGACGAAUGCCCAACGAGAAUUUAUUUGUUCUAAGUAUGAUUCAGUUACUGUGUGGUCUUGCUGCAGUUGUGCUCUCUGGUGUUGCUGUCACUAAGGUGGUGUUCCUCUAUCAGAUGGCUACAGGAUUGUGGUCUGGCUUUCUAAUGCUAGCUACUGGAUUUCACGGCAUUCUAACUGCGCGUCGUUGCACUCCACGUACACUUGUCAGUCUCCUCAUCUUCUGCGUCCUUGUUGCGCUGUCUGCUUGUCUUCUGGCUUGCGUUUCAGUUGCGGGAUUGAUUGAGGAUGGGAUCCUCCGACCAGAUACUUCAAUAACCCUUCUUACCGCAUCUAAUUCCCCAUUCUACCUAUCGAGUCAUGGUUCCUCUGUCUCAUCAUCCGGUGUACCUAUGGAUAUCCCUCUGAGUGGAUUCUCCCACCGACGUCUUGUCCCUUCAAAUCAACCGCCACGAUUACAUCAAGUUAUGCUUCACAUUCUUCUCCUCGUUAUUGGUGUUCUCGAAGCAUCUGUUAGUGUUGCAUGCGCUGUUCUCUGCUGCCGACAAAUAUGUCCCUCGGACAAUACUCCUCCUCUCUCUGCCAUCUCUUAUCUUCAAAACAGAGGAGCUACUUUAGUGCCAGGAGGAAGUGAAUUUCUCCUUGCUGUUGCUGCAGAUCCUGGGAGGCCUGCUCCAGUCCUUUUAGACUAUGCCCUCCCCAGACCAGACUUGCAUCCAUCUGUGCAUCACUUUCUUCCUCAUCCAGGUCGUAGAGUUGUAAUUUUAACCCAAGCUGAGACAGGAGUGCAUGCUCUAGCGGCCGCCCAAGCAGUAGCUAGUUUAGUAUCGCCUUCUUCUUCUUCUUCAUCAUCACAGAAUCCUCUUUCUCUUCCUUCUGCUUCCUCUUCUCACCGAGCUCAAAAACGUGAGGAGUCAUACCGACUGAAAUCCCAUCUCUCCACUCUUCUUCCUCGAUUAGCUUCGUCAUCUGGAGACACUGCUUUUCGUGCCGCUCACCCAUCCAACCUUCUCUAUGUUCUUUCCUCCCCUUCCCCUUCUGAUCCUCCCAUGAUUUUUCCGCCCUUUCCACCGGCAUAUUGCGCAGAGGAAGAGAGGGAAGAGACGGGUGGAAACUCCACAGGUCUUUCCUUCCCACCUCAAAUACCACUACGUAUGCGACCUCAAGAAUUUAAUGUCGGAACUCUGUCGGUACCCGACAUAACCCCAGCUCGAAAUGGUAGUCGUCGUAGUGCCAGAAGGUUCAGACCAAGAUCAAGGGAUGUUCUCGCUCCCAGACACCACUUUCGAGCCUCACGAAGGAGUCGCAGAAGUAGCAACGCAGCUGAUGCUGUGGUGGGAUUGUUGGGUGAUCGGAUUCUGCAACCUGUCCUGGUUGUAGAAGAUGCGGAAACAGAUCCAAGAGGUCCGGAGGACAGGAGCAACCCUCCACCGAGUUACACUGUCUCUACAAGGGAGGUGUCUGGCCUUCUGCUCCCUACUCCUGAAGUGAUGCAUCCAUUCUAG